CUGAACCGGAUUUAAAAAAUAAUUUCUGGUUAAAUUUAUUGAUAUAUAAAUAAAAUCGAACCGGGAAGAGGUGAAGAAUCGACGAUAUGGCUGUGAUUGCUUCACUUCAUCUUCAACCUCUCUCCUCUUUCUCGACGUCGUCUUCUUCUCCUCCUCCUUCUUCUACCUCUAAACCUCUCUAUCUCAAAUUCCAAACCUCUCACCGUGAGAAUCUAAGACACCUCUCUUCCCUCGGAAUCCUUCCUCCGAACCCCCGACUUGCUCCUCCGGCGAAUGAUCUUCCCGUUAUCCUCUCCGCCGUAGACUUCCUCAAAUCGAAAGGUAUCUCCGACGAUGAUUUCCCGCGCCUCGUCUUCCUCUGUCCACAGCUCUUCUCUCCCACUUUCGACAUUUCUAAACUCGAUCCUGUCUUCGAUUUUCUCACUGGCGAGCUCGGAGCUUCGGCGGAAGAAUCCAGGGGCUUAAUCGUAAAUUGCCCGAACAUCCUCCUCUCCGACGUCGAGUAUUGCUUGAGACCGACGCUUGUUUACCUGAAGGAGCUAGGGUUACAGAAUCUGAACCGAGCAAGCAAGACGAACGCGCACGUGCUGAACACGAGAGUUGAGAAGCUAAGAGCUAAGAUGAGAUUCUUGAAGAGUAUAGGAUUCGAACACGAGGAAGCAGCUAGAGUCUGUGGGAGAAUCCCUGCGAUAUUUGGCUACAGUGUUGAAGAUAACUUGAGACCCAAGUAUGAGUUUCUGGUUUAUGACAUGGAAAGAGAAUUGGAAGAGCUCAAGAAGUUUCCGCAGUACUUUGGGUUUAGCUUGGGGAAGAGGAUAAAGCCAAGGCACUGGCAUUUGAAGAAGAAGAAUGUUGAGGUUUCACUUAGUAGAAUGUUAAUGUGGGGUGAUCAAAAGUUCUACUCUAAAUGGAAGCCAUGACUCAUGAGAGCAGAAGCAGAGUUACUCUUCCCCUGUAUACACUUUUUACAUCUGUUAAUAUUCAAAUCUGUAUUCAGAAAUCUGAAGGAAAAAAUUUGCAUUGCAUUUCUAGGAAAA